UUUUUCCUCGGGAUGAUGAAGGUGUUUUAUUUAAACUUAUGAGUGGUGUUGUGCAAGUAGGAUUUAGAAAUUUUAUGGCGCAGUACCCGGUCAAUGACGAAGAAAUGGAUAAAUUAAGGGAUGCUGAAACAUUUGUCGCUGUAAAUUUCCUUAAAUGUGAAAUCAAAUACGUAGCCGCAAUGAAAAAAUUGCACAAAGAUACAAUCGAGUGGGAUUGCACAGUAGCAAAAAUCGUCGCCUAUGGUGGCAGCCCUGGACAAUUCCGAAAGUGAAUCAGAAGACAAUUAUUUGAGCUUUCGAAAAAGCGAUCUUCAGGACAAACUGGAUUUAUAUAAACUUGAGAACGAACGUCUUCGUAAGGAAAUGGCACACUUGCGCAAAAUUGAAAAUGCACGCUUAGAUUUAAUAGAUAUUGAUGCCCUAAAGGGGGGUAUUAUCAAUCGCUUAUUACAGUUUGAUAUCCUGAGUAAAGAAAGCUUGGACUUACUGCAACGUGGUGAAUCGAAGAAACAGGAAGAAAGAUUACAAAAAGAAACGAUUGGAGUUGAAGAUUCAAGUGCAUAUAAUAAUUACGACACGGAUACCAAAGUGGAGAAGGCAUUCGAUGAUCAUUCAGAAUCAUGUCAAACGGUUUUUCCACCGGAGAAACAAACGCACACAUCUCUAGAAUUAGAUGAUAACGUAAACUAUGGACACCAUUCGACACGUGAUAAUAGUCCGCACGAACUGCACAUGUCUCCAGAAUUGGACGAUAACGGCAAUGUAGGAGAAAAUUCUUCGCAAAGUUUGGAUCGUAGGACUAAUGAUCGACGCUCCUCAGCCGAAGAGGAUUUGCGAAUUCCCGACGAGAAUAUCUUUGGUCCUCUGAAUUCCAAGAAAACCAAUAAGAAUGAGUUCAUUCGAUUUGGACAAAAAUUAUGCAGCCGCGCAGCAGUUGAACAGAGCAAUAGAUCUUGCGUGGCUAGGUAUGUGGGAGAACUGGCUUCCAUUGUUUUUACCAAGGCAGAACUUGCCACUUCAUCUUUGACAGGAGCGCAGUCCAAUACAAACAAGGACAAAAAUAGACCUCCCCCAAAGAAACUGGACACCCAUCGAGUGACUGCAAUCAAGAAGCUCACCGUCAAAAUUUUUAGCGAUACCGCUGAUAAUAAAAAGGCUUUUAAUACCGCGAUUCAAACAAAAUGCAGCAAUGCAAGAGGACUGGCGAGAAAACUGUUAGAUACGAUCAGUCAGUAAUUAAUGAUUAAGUUCUGUAAUGUAACAACUUAAAAUAAAUCUACGUUCAUGAAUAAA